CUGCUUCUCUCGUCGCCGCCAAGUCUCCUCCGGCACCUCCGGCACCUACAGCACAACGUCACUGUUCAGAAUCAGUGUCCAGCACCGGAAACGCCUCAGCUAUUGGUCUACAGAGUGGUCGUGAUCUUUCAUCAUCAUCCAACAGUUUGGCAAAUCACGGUUUUCUGUCUCCUUCCUUUUCUGCGGCAUAUCACUACUCAGCAGACAGGUGAGUGCUUUGCACGCUUGCAAAUAGGUUCUGCUUUAAAAUCAUCACAUGCUAUCACCAGAUUUGCCAACCCACUAGACCUAAAUGCUGUUCGCCGUAAGAACGCCACUCGUGAAACCACGGCCGCACUGAAGGCAUGGCUUUACGAACAUCGCAAGAACCCCUACCCAACGAAAGGGGAGAAAAUCAUGCUUGCCAUCAUCACGAAAAUGACGUUAACACAGGUGUCAACGUGGUUUGCCAAUGCCAGACGACGUCUCAAAAAGGAGAACAAGAUGACCUGGUCGCCACGAAAUCGCAGUGAGGAUGAGGAUGACAGUAAUCUUGGAGGUGGCGGAGGAAAUGGCGCAGUGGUAUCAUCUGACGACGCCACAGAUCGACCUCCGAUGGCUACAUCCUGUCCUUUGGAUCAUUCCACGCCAAAGAAGCCAAAGAUCUGGUCGAUUGUAGAGGACACGGUUAAAUCAUCAUCGUCUUCAUCGUUGGACUCCUGUAGCCAGCAACGUCAGUUGCCAAAUCCAGCUGGGACACCGACUGCUUCUGCUGUAGCAUCAUUUAUGGACGGUCGGUCUCGUUAUUCUAUGUCGCCAUGGCACCAACUGGCAGUUACCGCCAAUGUUGCUGCAGGAGUAUACUCCCGCUUCCCGGUGUUCUCAGCUGUGCCCAGCUUUAUUACGACGGGUGGUUCUUUUCCCUCGAUGGCCGCCGCCAUGCCGUGCUUUCGGCCCGAGUUCGUAUGUUCAUCUUCAUUAGCCACCUCGUCCGCGUCACCAGACAUCUACCGUUGCAACGCAGGGAUCGCCGCCGGGGGGAGCGCGAUAAUGUCUUCUGCUGGUAAGUGCAUUAUUUUCGUCUCGUACGGAUUUGUCCUAUUUUUUACCUCAUUUUGA